AUGGUCAUUUCCAACCUCGAACGCUCGCUAGGAGUCAUGGGUAAGUACAGCGGAUUAGACGGCCUCACAAUCUACGCCCACACGACCACCGACCCGGUGCUGCUGUUGUACGGAUACGACGAGGAUUUCCAAGGCAUUUCAUGGAAGAUUCAGGGUGGCACUGCAGCCAUUGCGAUUGCCAGUCCGCGCGCCGCUCUUCUCAUCCCCGUCCCUCCACCCCCGGGGUCCCUGUACCAGGGCAAGCCUUCUUGGGACGAGGAAACCUACGCAGCCCACCUGAAGUUGAUUCUAGACUCGAUCGCCCCUUUCUUUGACGAGUAUCAACCAGAGUACUGGCCUGUUCCCGAUCUCGUUUUUCACGUCAUAGUCUGUUCCCGCUGCAAGUAUCUUCUCAGGGACGUUUAUUGGCCGGUGUUGAAGCCCUUGCUGCAGAAAUACAAUCUCCCCGCCAACGACGUGCUUAUGCUACGGGAUUUCAGAAUGCCCGAUGUUCCAGAUGAUCAGGACAUCACCUUCGUUGUUCACGACAAGCAAGGGCAUUCUCACGUCUCCUUGUUGGGCGGGCCGGACAGGCAGCCUCCUUGGUUUUACAUUGGGGUGGAGGAUCUGGAUGAUCGCGCAGUGAGACUCGGGCAACUACAUGGCCGCUCGAGCGAUCGAAGUUCGGUCUUUCGCAUCCUCAGGGACCGGCCACCGCCUAAGCUCUCCACGGCUGGGUCCCUGGCAUCCAAGGACAAGGACAAGGACAAGGCCAAAGAAGUCCACGUGCAACCGCCUGAAUGCGCCCCAUCUGCUUUCAGAACUUCGACGUCGGAAGGCAAGGGCAAGCGAAAGGCCAAGGAGGUCCACUGGGAAUCGCCUGAACGCACCCCAGCGGUGUCCCGGGAGACAUGGGCUCCAGAGGGCAAGGACAAGUAUACAGAGGUCGAACGCGAGAAAGCCUUGUCGGACUGGUGGGAGAGUACUGGAUACGCGGUGCCCGAAGGCGGCAGGACCGAGUUCCAAUGGCCAGCGCCUAUAUCCAAAUCCGCCCAGUCUAGGUCCGGAAAGGCUUCGGCCUCGAAAGACAAGGACAAAGGUGUCCAACGUGAACCCUCCCUCGCUAGACCGCAGGUUUCGAACCCCAAGGAUAAGGACAUGGGCAAAGGGAAACAGGCCGAACGCGUGCCUCCAUCUGAACCCACUCCGUUUGUGUCGCAGGUGGCUUCGGCACCGCAGGAAAGGGGUCACCGCGCGCCUCCAUCUGAACCCACUCCAUUUGUAUCGCAGGCUUUGACUCCGCAGGACAGCGCCCAACGUCUCCCGCCCCUGGCUACCAUAGGGCUGCCCACUCCGAAUGUCAACAGCCAAGGUUUCCCGUGCCCGCCCACUUUGGGGGACAUUGGCCAGGAUCUGCCGCGCCUGGCCACCUUGUUGCCUCCGGUUUGGACCCACAGGGGGGGCGAAACUCUCCCGCACCUGGCUGCUCUAGGGCUGCCCACUGCCGAGGACAGACCCAUAACUCUCCCGCCUCUGGUUACCCUAGGCCCGCCCACUCCAAAUGACAAUGGCAGAGGUGGCCAACGUGAAUCCUCCUCGAUUGCGUCGCAGACUGCGAUUUCCAGGGGCAGAGGCAAAGAGGGCCCAUACGCACCGAAUUGA